AUGAAGCUUAAGAAUCCGUCUAAUUCUACGUCGCAGACAAUGACGACGGCGGCGUCGGCGGCGGCGGCGGCGAAGUCUUCCCAGGAUGCGAGGCUUCUGGUUCGGGAGACGCUUCGGAUUAGUGCUAACCUCGCGUCUACUCCGCCCAUUGCGAACUCGCCUCCUGCUCUGCCCAUGCCUCCGCCGAUUGCCGAGAGGGAUAGGUUUUCCGGUGAUGUAGUCCCCAGCUUUGGACUUGUUGAGGACCAAUUUGUGAAUUCUAGCUUGAAGAUUAUCUGCCGGGAGGAGAUGGACGGUCGCCGGUGGGAGUAUUUUGCUGAUGUUGGCGAUUCUAAGCAGUUUAAGAAGAGUUCAAUCCGUGCUGUUUGUCUGCAUUCUCGUCAAGCUCCCGUUGAUGAGUUGAUGUCAUUUAUAAGGUCUUAUGUAGUUCCUGAAGGCUUUCCAGAUAGUGUUUCGCCUUCUUAUGUUCCAUACAUGACAUGGCGUGCUCUGAAGCACUUUUUCGGUGGAGCAAUGGGCGUUUUCACCACACAAACUCUCCUGAGUUCAGUUGGAGUUUGUAGAAGCAAGUCAGCUCCAGGUGCAGUAGCUAUCAACUGGAUCCUCAAGGAUGGUGCUGGCCGUGUUGGAAAGAUGCUUUUUGCACGACAGGGGAAGAAAUUCGAUUAUGAUUUAAAGCAGCUUAGGUUUACUGGUGACCUUCUGAUGGAGUUGGGAGCUGGUGUAGAAUUGGCCACUGCAGCUGCGCCGCAUCUCUUUCUUCCAUUAGCUUGUGCUGCAAAUGUUGCUAAGAAUGUUGCUGCUGUAACAUCAACAUCGACACGUACACCUAUUUACAAGGCCUUUGCUAAAGGGGAAAACAUUGGGGAUGUAACAGCGAAAGGAGAAUGUGUUGGCAAUAUUGCUGAUCUGCUUGGAACUGGACUCAGCAUAUGGAUUGCUAAGAAGAAUCCAUCAUUGGUUUCAACAUUUGCUCUACUCUCAUGUGGAUAUUUGAUGAGCUCUUACCAGGAGGUGAAAUCUGUGGUUUUGCAUACGCUCAAUCGUGCAAGAUUUACUGUUGCCGUUGAAUCCUUCCUGAAGACAGGACGCGUUCCCACCCUGCAGGAAGGCAAUGGAAUGGAAAACAUUUUCAACUUUCCGUGGUCUAAGAACAGACCUAUUGUUCUUGGAUCGAGAUUUAAGGAGGCUUUUCAAGAUCCCAACUCUUAUCUUGCUGUGGAACCUAUGUUCCAGAAAGAGCAGUAUGUUAUCACAUAUAAUCCCUCUAAGGGCAACAUAUAUGCAUUACUCAAGGAUCAAGCUAAGAGCGAUGACAUUUUGAAAGCAGCUUUUCAUGCCCAUGUGCUUCUACAUAUCGUUCGCUCUUACACCGAGACACAGUCGUCGUCAAAUAAAAGUCGAGGAGAUGAUCUUUCCUUGAGCUUGCCCUCAGCUGCUAGUCUUCAAGCUCACGUUGCAGAAUCUUACAAGAUGGUCUUAGCUUUAUAUGGGCCUUUCAAGAGCAAAGCAAAGGAGCAGGGUUGGGUGAUGUCUGAAUCACUGCUUAAUCCUGGCAGAGCUCGGCUGUGUGAAUUGGGAAAGUAG